UUUGGAAUAAAUAGUUCUUCCCCUGUUUGGCAUCUUGUGGAACUGGACCCAAACUGGAUUAUAUUUCAGUAAGGCUGCAGGAGACUUGCAACAGUGAAACAAGACAGAGCUUUUUCAGAGUGGUUUUAUGAGCCGACUGAGACACAUUCUGCGCUCGUCUCCCGUCAGGACUGAAGAGUGGAGGCAGAGGAAGCCAGACGUGUGCUGCAUGGGAGCCACAACCAGGCCUGAUGGCAGGAGGCGCCCGCGACACACUGAGCUCUAGUUACGUCCUCUAGGAGCCUCGGCGGUGAUAAGUUCACGUGCAGACACUGAAAAGCUUGUGUGCCCAUGUGGUCGUCCAAGCUGGUCCUGUUCCUCUUCAUCAGCGCCCAGGCCGUGGUCACCACCAGAGGGGACUCGUGCAGCGCCGCAGCAGCCCAGCAGACCGUCGCCAGCUCCAUCCCCGUCGUGGACCCCCAACUCUUCACCAAGCGCCGUCACCUCUCCCCGAGGGUUCUCUUCAGCUCCCAGCCCCCCGAUGCGGAGCCGUCGGAAUCCCAGGGCGCCAGCCGAAGGAGCCGCAGGCGAGCGGGGCCGCCGCAGCACCGAGGAGUGUACUCGGUGUGUGAGAGCGUUAGCGUCUGGGUGGGCAACAAGACCAAAGCCACAGACAUCUCAGGCAAUGAAGUGACAGUGCUGCCAGAUGUAAACAUCAACAACGUCAACAAGAAGCAGUACUUCUUUGAGACGACGUGCCACAACGCUCGAUCGGCUGGCUCGGGCUGUUUAGGAAUUGAUGCAAGACACUGGAACUCCUACUGCACCAACUCGCACACUUUCGUUCGAGCACUGACUUCUUUCAAGAACCUGGUGGCCUGGAGGCUCAUACGCAUUAACGUGGCGUGCGUGUGUGUGCUCAGCCGCAAGUCGUGGCGACAAUGAAGACUUUUACUGCACAACACCCAAACACACAGGCUCACUCUCAGUAAUACAGUUAAUACGCAGACACCCGAACAGGCAGACACUCGUGUCGUCCUCUACAUACACAAGGUGCCACCGAAGACCUCACCCCCUGCACAAUGUAAAUUAUUGAUACAUGUCAAAGUAUGAGGACUGUAUGUAUAUACACCAGACCUGGGUCAAAACAUGUCCGCAUGUGGUCUGCAGCUUAAGGUUGUCACCUGUUUGAAGUCAGAGGUUGUAGCUGUGCAAGUAUCUGGUGUGUUUUGGCUUGAAAAUGCAGUUUGAAAAGAGUGUUUGAUCUCCCAUUUACGUACACUUUUAUUUCUUUACAGAUGGUAUGAAUCCCAGAUAGUUCAUGGUUUUUCCUGUCGAUUUUAUUUCUUAUGUCUAUAUUUCUUUCUUUUAAAUCUCAACUUAGGUGCAUCACAACAAAGGUGGGAGAGUAAAAUGCUUUCAUUCCUUCUCCCAACACAAAAAAAAACAUCAGAACAUCAAGCAAUGAAGCUUUUCAGAUUUCAUAUUUGAAUUAUUCCAGCAAAUUUGUCCUAAAAUGUGUAUGGGAUCAUCAUUGUGUUUUAAAACCCCAGAGCCUGGCUUCUAGACCUGUUGCUGAUAUCUUAACUGAGUUAAUUAUCUCAGUUUGGUUUGGAGUACUGUAAUUAGUAAUUUGGAGUACAACUCUUCCAAAAGGGAUCUAGAGUAAUAAUUUGUCUGACCACAGUACCGUUACACGUUUCCAGUGUGAUGGUCCAUGAGCAGGGUUCCUUUUUACAGUAAAGUUUUGAGCUGUAUUUGUGAAUGUCCCUCUUGCUUGAGAAAGGUUUCCCAAAGUAAUCCCGUGCCCGUGCAGUAAUAUCAGUUUAGACGGGUGAAAUGACAAAUGACAUCCAAAAGAUUGAACACUAGAGCUGUUCAAAUUACGCCCUUUCACUCUUCACACCUGAAUCAUGUAAUGAUAUUUUGCACUGCAGAUUUAGGGAUGCAUAAAUCCUUUCUUAUUUUUCUUUGACAAGCAUUGCUUUUAAACAUUACAAUUAUUUUAUUAUUUAUUCCGUCGCAAUUGUUAACAAAGUUGCUAUCCU